AUGGGGACAACAUCUGUUCGGCGCAACUUGUUUCACCAUAACCUCAGCAGACGGCCAGUCUCAACUGUUCCUCCAACGGGCUCGCUUCAAAGCAACGGAACCUCUGGAGUUUCGGGUCUUUCAUCUCACCUGCUACGUUCCUCGACGGAAUCAACGACCUCCUCGUUGGCCUCCGGUCCUGUAGAUAAUGGAGAUAUCGUCGUCAGGGAUAAGAAUGGUGGUUACAAGCUUGAUAUGCCCAUUCUCCCACCCCUGGUCGGUGGCGAAGAUGGGGAUGGCAUGGACGGGGUAGAUGAAGGUGGAAAUAGCGGAGGAACAGUAGCCACUGUCGACUCGACAGGGCAGAUGGUGAUCACCGGUCGGGAGAAAGAAAAGAUCGAGGCCAGUUUGGCAGAGCUGAUGUAUCGGAACCGAAACAGACAAAUGAGCAAUGAACCAACCGAGAUUCUCGAUCUGAUCCAACAAAGUCUCCGCAGCAAGGUAGCGGCUCUAGACGAAGACAAUUGGAUGUACGAGCCGGAGGUAGACUCACGGGCAUAA